GGCGACGGUGACUGGGCGGAGUUUCCCUGGACAAAGACUCGCUUUCUGCGCGGGUGAAAGUGCCUGCCACAGCGCUGCUGUUGACAUUUGAUACCAUGGACGACUGCAAUGCCGGGCUUGAAGAGACAGACAGCUUCAAGUUACAGGUACAAGAGUGAUACCAAGCUCUCAUGAUGAAGGGAAUCCUGCUGGUGCUGCUUGUCUGCGUGGCAGAGGCGCAUAUCAUCUUCAAGCAUGCGCCGCUCUCCUGCGAUCCUAUCCUGCCAGCAUUCCAAGGCUGUCUACGAGGCCAACGGUGCUCUCGACACGGGCUAUGUGAGAGCAGUCAUCGUCCGGAGGAUGAGAUUCAGCCUCCCCAGCUUGAUGCUACUGUUGAGGUCGUCCAGAGAGACUCCGAGAUCAAGUAUGCGCCAGGCAAAUGCCGUGGAGGCGCCGGAGAAGGGGAGGCUGGGAUAGCGGUAGACUGCUUCAUGAAACAUCCCUCGCAUCUGAUUGAUGACAACGAUGUGACACAGAAGGCUGCUCAUCCGUACCUACGAAGGCCCUUCUGGCGUCCUCAUUUCCGCCCAAAGCCAAAGGUGUCUAUCACCGGCACUAACAGAGUGAAGCUCCCUGCUGCAACUGCUUCCGCUACUUCCACCAGCACUACUCAACCUCAGCCUCCUAAGCCGUCUGGCCCUCCUGGAAAUGUUACUACUGACGGAACAUGCGGCUCAAACCAUGGAGAUACUGUCUGCGGAGACUGGUUCUAUGGCCCCUGUUGCUCUCCCUAUGGUUUUUGUGGUAACAGCACUUCCCACUGCGGGUUGGGAUGCCAGUCUGGCCCAUGCAUAAACGGGCCUGCCUUGAAACCCAUUGCUCCUCUAAGCUACCAUCCAUUCAAAAUUCCCGGAAAGUUUGCCACCGUUGGAAGGUCCGGAGUUCCAGCCAUGAUGGCUAUUCUCAUGCCUAACGGGAAAGUCGUUUUCGCGGAUAAGAUCGAGAAUUAUACGGAGCUAAUUCUACCAAACGGACAGUUUGCUUAUUCCUCGGAGUAUGACCCCGUUACCAACGAUGUUGUAGCCUUAGAAUACAAGACAAAUGCAUUUUGUGCUGGUGGAACUGUUCUAGCUGAUGGUCGUGCUCUGUCUGUCGGUGGGAACGGCCCACUGAACUUCAUAGACCCAACAGUCAAAGACGGAUUCAAGGGAAUCAGAUAUCUCGAGCGCAAGCUUGAUGAUCCAAAGGGAGAAGAAGGGUGGAUUGAGCCGGGUCACACUUUAUCCACCGCCCGCUGGUAUCCCUCCGUACAGACUAUGCCUGAUGGGAAAAUAUUUGUUGCCUCUGGAAGCUUGAACGGCCUGAACCCAACUAACUCGGACAAUAACAAUCCCACAUAUGAAAUCCUGGACCGUGAAGGUUAUCCCCAUGGCGACAGCAUAGUCAUGUCCAUCUUGGAGAAGAAUCAACCUUACUACAUGUAUCCUUUCCUUCACCUUCUCAAGGAUGGAAACCUCUUCGUCUUUGUUUCAAAGUCUGCACAGAUAUUUAAUGUCGAGACAGAUACCAUUGUCAAGACACUACCAGACCUUCGUGGUGACUUUAGAACCUAUCCGAACACAGGAGGAAGUGUUAUGUUCCCCUUGAGUUCAACCAACGGAUGGGAACCUGAGAUCAUGAUAUGUGGAGGCGGCGCUUACCCUGACAUCAAUAGCCCUACUGAUGCUAGCUGCGGACGCAUAAAGCCCCUGUCCGAGAAUCCAACAUGGGAGGUUGAGUCUAUGCCUGGUGGAAGGGUCAUGGUGGAGGGCACCUUGUUACCAGAUGGCACAAUAAUCUGGUUGAAUGGCUGCAGUCGCGGUGCACAAGGGUUUGGCAUCGCAAAGGAUCCAGUAUAUGACCCCUGGAUAUACAACCCGCGCGCUUCCCAUGUUGAACGUUGGGCUGUUGGUGGAUCAAGCACAAUUGCACGCAUGUAUCAUUCUGUUGCCUUGCUGUUGCUAGAUGGGACAGUGAUGGUUGCAGGAUCAAACCCGGUCGAGCAGCCUGUACUUGUUCCAAACCCCAAGGACCCCAAGACUGCAUACGUUACCGAGUUCCGAGUUGAAAUCUAUGUUCCCCACUAUCUCAGCGGCAAGAAAGCGGAUCAGCGGCCACUUGAUGUUGUCUUGUCCAGCAGACAUCUAGUUGCUAACGGCGGAAACUUUACAGUAAAGUUCAACAUCCACAAAGAGGCCAUUGAGCUCCACGUCGUUCUCUACCAGGGUGGAUUUGUCACCCACUCACUUCACAUGGGCCACCGAAUGCUUUACCUCGACUAUACAGGCUGGAAGGCCGGCGAAAGAGAGCAGGUUGUUAAAGCUACCAUGCCUCCGGACUCGAAUGUUGCGCCUCCCGGUGCCUACGUUAUCUAUAUUGUCGUGGACGGAGUGCCUAGCAUGGGUCAGUUUGUUAUGGUCGAGAACCCCAUGCCGCCUGGUGAUAAACCCAAAGGAGACAAGCUUAAUGGAAAGCAGACAGGCAUACAGGGGAAGCCGGAUAAGCAGGUUGAUAAGCCAGAGGAUAACAAGAAGAUUUUGAACGGCGGUGACGUGCCCAAGAAUGAUACAAGCAAAGAUGACAAGAUAGACAAAGACAAAGAGAAACAGGGUGUUGAUGAUGGAAAGGAGAAGGGUGGUGGGAACGAAAAGGAAACAGACAAGGAAGACGACAAAUACGAGGGAGAUGAUGAUGGCAUGGAGGACGAAGACUAGAAAGAGUUUCUUGAUCCGUAUGGGUUUAUGUGAAUAUCGUUUAUAGUUGACGAGUCCGAAAACAGAAUAUGUUACCUCAUAAAUAAAUACUUGACAAUGAAUCGUAUGAUAUAAUGAAUGUCAUUUCAUCUACCAUGUCAUUGCUUAAUCUUGGAGUCUGGGGAAUAUAUACCCCUUGAUAAUGCGUUGCAUAUGGAAAGGGAGCAUGGCUAAUACCUGUCAUGUGAUACCUUCUACUAGGUUUUAACCUUGUCACAUGAUUAAAAUAUGCAUGUCUAAUCGAAAUGUAUUCCUAUUAAGCAAUUUACUGCUUAUUAAUAAAUUACACAAUGCCAUACGCGAUAUAACCACACUUACCAUAUCCAACCAAUAAAAAGACUGGUUCAUCACCAAAUGAUACGAAAAAUACAAUAUAAAAUCUCCAAAAAGCGCAUCAAAAACUCAACAACUUUCCAUCUUUUUGUAUCUUUCAAAGUCCAACUUUUCCUAUUUCAUUGUACGAAUUACUAAUGGUUGCUAUAUGGAGAUAUCAAAGACAGGAAGAUAUGUAGAUGCUGUGAGAUGCUUCUAUCUCUGCCAACCAUGCUGAUGCCCGGCUGCAGCGCCACCAUCAUCACCUCUACCAAAUAUGGAUAUCAAAUAUGAAUAUUAAAUAUCAGGUAUCAAAUAUCAAUACCUCCAUAUGAGGAUGAAUAUACCAAUUAGAACAUCCGUGAGCCAGUCAGGGAUAAUCAUCUAUACCCGGUACCAGUAGAAGCCAUCAGGAACCUGCAGCAUCCCGUCCAUGUCUUUCUCCUGAUGGUCUGUUUGCAUAUCCAUCUCUCUUUAUGCCAGCAAGCAGAAGCAGAUGUAGCUAUCCAUCCAGCUAGGGAAUGAGGAAGCAAAAGACAUUCCAAGCUAUAAUAAGCAGGCCUUCGUCUUGUCUUUUUCUGCAUGAUACUCCCAAAGAUGCCAACACUGAAUGAUAUCACACCCUUCCCCUGCCAUGUCCUCUUCUAUAUCUUCUAUCACCGCCCGCAUUGCGCCCU